AUGGAUAUGCUUCAAUUUCGCAGAGCUCACUCAAAAAUUGUUCUACAGCAAAGGGUAACGAAUUUCCGUUCAAAUCGCUCUAUAUCUGGAGGCGGCUUGUUAGCUGGCCUAUCAGCGGGUGGCACUAUUGUCUCUAAUGGGCAUCCUAUGAUCUUUCAGGAUCUUGUUCCGAUGCUGCAACACGCUCUUUCUGGCAACGUCAAUUUUAAUCGAAGCGAAACACUUGGCGUCACAUCAGCUUUGCUAAGUGAUCAAAUUAGGCCCGGAUCAACUAGAUCUAGGACAUCUGAAUUACUCACUGAUGGAAGACCGAAUGAAGAUCAUCUGGCUCACCUACACGUAAGUAGUUUUUACGAUGUGCAGCUAUUCAAAUAUUUAAUAACAAAUCUACAAAGUAUCGCCUUAUUAUUAUUGGUCCAUCAUUAG